AUGUCUUGCAUAUCCCGUGGAGGUGAUCAUAUCAACAAGUCAACAUGGAAGCCAAGUGAAGAAACACGAAUGAACUGUAUAAAGGAUCAAGGAUACUUCUAUGGUGGGGGAUUCCCGAUACCCGCCACCAAGAGUGGUGCCAAGUGGAUUCAAGCUUUUGGUUUGGCUUCUCCUGAUAAGGAAGCUCGGAAGGUCAUGAAGCUAUAUCCCAUGUGCAACUCCACUAAAUUCGCACGAUAG